CGGUUCUUUCUUGCAGGAUGUAAACAAACCGAAAAAAAAAUUUUUUUCUGGGUUGAAUUUUUUUUAUAGCGCAAGAGAAGGUACGCCAGUGUUUUUGCUUAUACACAGGAAUCUUUUUCACUUGAGUUUAUCUGUAAUUUGUAAUAUCAAAGCAAAGGCAGAGAAAUCAUAUAGACGACAAAGAAAGAAUAUACAAAUUUCGGCUUAGUAAUUCGAGUAAUUAUCAAAUCAACCAUUUUCAGAGUACGGGGAUAUGUUUUCUGCUUUGACUUCUUACAUAUGGGGCACAGAAGAAGAAGAAACAUGCAAACCGGCCGAAGAAAUGCACGCUGACGAUCAAGUUGAACUUGAAAACGAAUGGAUAUUUAUACGCCCAAAAGAUCAAGCGAGCAAUAAACGACGACACGCACAUUUUAUUGACGAUGGAGCCUCGACAGCAUCUGAAUCAGCUGAUAGUGCAAUCUGCGGCAUGGAGGAGAGCUGGUGCGUUACUCCACCCCAAUGCUUCAACAGCAAAAGAAGGCGGAGUAAAAACGCCCAUAUGAGUCCAUUGGAAAAUCUUUUAAUCGAACACCCAAGCAUGUCAAUUUAUCAAGAUAAACCCGAUGAUGAAACGGCCGACGAAAAACCGCCAAUGGAACUUGGUUUGCAACGUCAAGAAACACACAAGCCAGUCGCUGGACGACUUCAGCUUCUUGAACAGCGAAAACCAUUAAAAGAUUCGAACCGAAAGCCGGAAGAAAGAAAGAAAAGCAGCCCUAAAAACAUGAAACGAAAAAACAUGGUCCAUUCUCGAAGUCACAACACACGAACGAACAAGCAAUACGGCCGCAUGACAGGAAAGCACGUAGGUAUGGUUGGGAAACGAGGUACCUAAAUCCACAAUCGCAUCAAUUUAAGAUCCAGGCUCUUUCAAAACAACGUCGGAUGUAGGAUAACGCUCUCAUUCUUCUCUUUACGCUUUUAUGGUUUAGACAGUUUACAAAGUUCUUGAUGUGGGUAUGCAUAAAUAGUUUAUAGCCUGUUGAUCUGUAAUUUUCUUUGUGCUGACUCAGGAAAUAGGAAACACAUUUUUUUGUUUAAAAAAUUUUUUCUAAAAAUGGAUUGCUCAAUAUUUUAGAUAUUAAUAACGGGUAAUUCAAUAUUUUUGAAGUGUGUAGACCCUGGGUUCGCGUUACCACGUUCUUUUAAAUUAUUGUUAUUAUCAUUAUUUACUUAUUUACUGUUUUCAUAUUUAGUGUAUAUUUAUGUAAUAUUUACAUGUGAGAAAACUAACUUCGUUUUGGUUUCUUUCUUGAAAAAAAAGUGGAAACGGGUUUCCGACUUUUUUUAAUGUCAAGUUUGAAGACAGAAACCGAAGUUGGUUCGUUAGGAAUUUUCAAUUUUAAAACUUCAAAAAAAAUCUGUAUAUGAUGUAUGUAGUGUAACACAAAUGGUUUAUAAGUUUUAAAAACUCCCAAAAAAAGAUGAAUAAAUUAUUAUAUAAAAUUUUUAAAAAAA